AUGGUGGAUUCCGACGACGAGGUUGGCGACAGCCGCCGCAGCAGCUAUGCGGCCCCCGCGCGCCGCAGCAACGGCAUGCCGCUGUAUCGCCAGAGCUCCAACAUGAGCGACGUCAGUCUCCUGACCGACGUCCAGAUGGCGCAAGACGAGAUCUUCUCCGGGCCCAUGUCCGAGAGCGUGCCCACGAGCGUUACUGGAUUCGCCCAUCGCCAGCGCUCUCGCGCCGACUCGACCGCAAGCGUCACGAGCUUCACGUUCUACGACGAGGAGAGGGAGUCGAUCGAUACGCUCGAGGAGGAGGCUAUUGCGGAGGAAGAGGCGGAUCUGCUGGACGACGUCAACGGGUACGCGGAUGAAGAUGAUGACCUGGAAAAUGGCCACCACCACCGCCGCCGCUCGACUGGUCGCCGAAAAUCGUCGACAUAUUCGGCGCGCUCCACGCGGUCGAGGCAGUCGGAUAGCGCGCCACUGCUGCGCCGCGGCUCGAGUUCCAGCACCAUGGCUUCCGGACACUGGCGAGGUGGUAGAUCCACACAGAAGAUUUACAUCGCUACCGAAGACUUGACCAUUGUGGUUGCUGGAUUCUGCACUUCUAUUCCUGGAUAUGCCUUGUAUCUCCUACUCUGUAUGCUAACGGCGGGACUUGGAUACCUCAUCUUUCGGUGGCUGCCUGGCUGGCGGAUCAAGAUUGUGGGAAAGGCCGCGCCGUUGCAUGAGUGUGACUGGAUGGUCAUCGAGAACCAGUGGGGAGAGAUGGCUGUGCAAAAAAUCGGGAAACAAGCAUAUGGCCAGUCGUUGUCCUCGGUAUUCGGAAUCGUGGAAAAAGCCGGACACCGCGAGUACGACGAGGAUGACGAUCCAGUACUGAAGGAGUUGCGCACCCUGGACUACCGGUAUAUUCGAUUCUGUUACCACCCUGUCAAGGACAAGUUCAUCCUAGGCAACACUUGGAAGGACCCUGCCUGGACCGACGUAAGGACGAUGCGCGACGGGCUUGACAACGAGGAUAAAGCCCAUCGGGAGCAAGUUUUCGGAAAGAACCUGAUUGAUAUUGAGGAAAAGUCGACGUCUCAACUUUUGGUUGACGAAGCAUUUCAUCCUUUCUACGUCUUUCAGAUCGCCAGUCUGAUUCUCUGGUCCCUCGACCAGUAUUAUUACUACGCUGCCUGUAUUUUCGUCAUCUCGGUUGUCAGUAUCACGACGACGUUGAUUGAGACGAAGGCGACCAUGCGUCGGCUCCGGGAAGUCUCGAGGUUCGAAUGCGACGUACGAGUUCUCCGCAAUGGCUUCUGGCGCUAUGUCGAGUCCAGCGAACUCGUCCCGGGAGAUAUUUAUGAAAUUACCGACCCAAGUCUCGCGCAGGUCCCAUGCGACAGCUUGCUUCUCUCUGGCGACUGCAUUCUGAACGAGAGCAUGCUUACAGGAGAAUCUGUUCCCGUUUCCAAGGUACCCACCACCAACGAGGCUCUGGAUUUUUUGAGCCUUAGUACUGCAUCGGUCCAUCCGGAGGUCGCGAGACACUUCCUUUUCUCAGGCACCAAGAUCAUCAGGGCACGGAGGCCGCAAGAAGAUAAAGACGAUGAGGCUGCGGCUCUAGCCUUGGUUGUUAGGACUGGGUUUAAUACGACCAAGGGAGCGCUUGUCCGGUCUAUGUUGUUCCCCAAACCGUCCGGAUUCAAGUUCUACCGGGAUUCCUUCAGGUACAUUUCGGUCAUGGCCAUGAUUGCUGGGGUUGGCUUCAUCGUGUCAUUCGUCAACUUCAUGCGCCUAGGGCUUGCCUGGCAUCUCAUCGUCGUCCGAGCGCUGGAUCUGAUCACCAUUGUGGUUCCUCCAGCGCUACCGGCUACGUUGACCAUUGGGACCAACUUUGCUUUGAGCAGACUCAAAAAGAAGCAAAUUUAUUGCAUCAGCCCGCAAAGAGUCAACGUAGGCGGCAAGCUCGACGUGGUCUGUUUCGACAAAACCGGUACCCUGACUGAAGAGGGCCUUGACGUAUUAGGGCUUAGGGUGGUCCAGCAGCCAGCUAAUAACUUCAGUGAUAUACUCACCGAUUGCGGAACGGUCCUGCCCCAUGCCGAGGAUAGGUUUCCCGACGUGGACUACAAGAAUCACCGGUCACUUUUGUACACCAUGGCCACUUGCCACUCUCUUCGCAGCGUGGAUGGAGAGCUUGUUGGAGACCCACUUGACGUCAAGAUGUUCGACUUCACCAGCUGGAAAUAUGAAGAAGGAGAGCAAAGCGGAGGCGGUGGUGACAACGAAGAGGAAAGCCUAAGCAUCUCUCCUUCAGUGGCCCGGCCUCCUCCUGGUCAAGAAUACAACCUCGACAACCCCAAUGACCCUAACCGCAAACCGAUCGAGCUUGGCAUCAUAAAAGCGUACGAGUUCGUUUCCCAACUGCGUAGAGCCAGCGUAGUAGUUCGGCAAUUUGGCGCGCGCGAAGGUUACAUAUACGUCAAAGGCGCACCCGAGUGCAUGAAGGACAUCUGCCGCCCCGAGAGCUUUCCGCCGGACUAUGAGGAGCUUCUGAGCCACUACACCCACAGAGGAUUCCGUGUCAUUGCGUGCGCCGCGAAGACGAUCCCAAAACUCAACUGGGUCAAGGUCCAGAAGAUGAAGCGUGAGGAAGCCGAGUCUGACCUCAGCUUCGUCGGGUUCAUCAUCUUCGAGAAUAAGCUCAAGCCUACGACGACCGGCAUCAUCGACGAGCUGGCCCAAGCCGGCAUCCGCAAAGUCAUGUGCACCGGUGACAACAUCCUCACUGCCAUCAGUGUCGCUAGGGAGUGCCACCUCAUCGACAAAAGCGCCCAUUGCUUUGUCCCGCACUUUGUCGAGGGUGAUGCUCGCACACCUCUUGCUCGCCUAUCUUGGGAGAGCAUUGACAACCCAGCAUUCAAACUGGACGAAAACACGCUCAAGCCGCUCCCACCUCCUCCUGAAGAAGACGCUUCCCUUCCUUACGAUAUUUCCAACCUACGCAACUAUUCUGUCGCCAUCAGCGGUGACGUCUUCCGCUGGAUCAUCGACUACGCCUCCGAAAAGGUGCUCCGGGAGAUGCUCGUCUGCGGGCAAGUGUUCGCCCGCAUGUCGCCGGACGAGAAGCACGAGCUGGUGGAGAAGCUCCAGAGCAUCGACUACUGCUGCGGCUUCUGCGGCGACGGCGCCAACGACUGCGGAGCGCUCAAGGCGGCCGACGUGGGCAUCUCGCUCUCGGAGGCCGAGGCGUCGGUCGCGGCGCCCUUCACCAGCCGUGUCUUCGACAUCUCGUGCGUGCCCGAGGUCAUCCGCGAGGGCCGGGCGGCGCUCGUCACCAGCUUCAGCUGCUUCAAGUACAUGUCGCUGUACAGCGCGAUCCAGUUCACGUCCGUCUCCUUCCUGUACGCGUCGGCGUCGAACCUGGGCGACUUCCAGUUCCUCUACAUCGACCUGCUGCUCAUCCUGCCCAUCGCCAUCUUCAUGGGCUGGACCGAGGCCUACCCGGUGCUCGCGCGCAAGCGGCCGACGGCGUCGCUCGUGUCGCGGAAAGUGCUGACGCCGCUGCUGGGCCAGAUCGCGCUGUGCGUGCUGUUCCAGGCGGUGGCGUUCCAGGCGGUGCGGCAGCAGCCGUGGUUCCGGCCGCCGGUGCUCGACCGCGAGCACAGCAACAGCAGGAACAGCGAGAACACGGCCCUCUUCCUGCUCAGCUGCUACCAGUACAUCCUCUCGGCCAUCGUGCUCAGCAUCGGCAAGCCCUUCCGCCGCCCCAUGCUGUCCAACGCCCCCUUCGUCUUCGCCCUCGCCUUCGCCCUCGUCGUCUCCUCGUACAUGCUGCUGUUCGUCGCGCCCGACCCCGCCAUGGACGAGGCGGAGGCGGAGGCGGAGGCGAAAGCCGGGUCUUCUUCGUUCGACGGCCAGGCCAGGUGGCUGUACGACCUCAUGGAGCUGACGCCGCUGGGCUGGGGCUUCAAGGCCUUUUUGCUCACCCUCGGCGUCGGCGGCUUCGCCGUCGCGUGGGUCUGCGAGAAGUACGUGUUUCUGGGCUUGGCGCGGGCGAUUGGCCGCGCGAGGGAGAGGCUGCAGCCUGGCAAGCGGAAGAAGAGGAAGGAGUAUAAGAUUAUUGCUGAGGGGAUGGCGUUGUAA